GGCGGACAGCUCCAAUCACACGCGGGCCGCCGCCGGCUCCCCGGUCACCUGCCUGUCCCAGGUGGGCAGCUUCUCCAUGUGCAUCGAAGUCCUCUUUUUGCUCUACACCGUUAUGCACUUGCCUUUGUAUUUAAGCCUCUUCCUGGGCGUGGCCUACUCCGUCCUCUUUGAGACCUUCGGUCACUAUUUCCGAGAGGCCGACUGCUUCCCACCGCUGGCGCCCCGGGCCCUGCCCUGGGAGCUGCUGAGCCGGGCGCUGCUGCACCUCUGCAUCCACGCCAUCGGGGUCCACCUGUUCAUCAUGUCCCAGGUGAGGUCCCGGAGCACCUUCCUCAAGGUGGGCCAGUCCAUCAUGCACGGGAAGGACCUGGAAGUGGAGAAAGCCCUCAAGGAGCGGAUGAUCCACUCGGUGAUGCCCCAGAUCAUCGCCGACGACCUCAUGAGACAGGGCGACGACGAGAGCGAGAGCUCGGUCAAGAGGCACGCCACUUCGAGCCCCAAGAAUCGGAAGAAGAAGGCGUCCAUCCAGAAGGGGCCCAUCGCCUUCCGGCCAUUCAAGAUGCAGCAGAUCGAAGAGGUCAGCAUUCUGUUCGCCGACAUCGUGGGCUUCACCAAGAUGAGCGCCAACAAGUCAGCCCACGCCCUGGUGGGCCUCCUGAACGACCUCUUCGGCCGCUUCGACCGCCUGUGCGAGGAAACCAAAUGCGAGAAGAUCAGCACGCUGGGCGACUGUUAUUACUGCGUGGCGGGCUGUCCCGAGCCGCGCCCCGACCAUGCCUACUGCUGCAUCGAGAUGGGCCUGGGCAUGAUCAAGGCCAUCGAGCAGUUCUGCCAGGAGAAGAAGGAGAUGGUGAACAUGCGCGUCGGCGUGCACACCGGCACCGUCCUGUGCGGCAUCCUGGGCAUGCGGAGGUUCAAGUUCGACGUGUGGUCCAACGAUGUGAACUUGGCCAACCUCAUGGAGCAGCUGGGCGUGGCUGGCAAGGUCCACAUCUCCGAGGCCACGGCCAAGUACUUGGACGACCGCUACAAGAUGGAAGAUGGGAAGGUGUUUGAACGCCUGGGCCCCAGUGUGGUGGCCGACCAAUUGAAAGGUCUGAAGACAUACCUGAUAUCGGGUCAGAGAGCGAAGGAGUCCCAUUGCAGCUGCUCAGAGGCCUUGCUGUCUGGCCUCCAGGCCCUUGGCGGUUCCCAGGGGUCUUCAGGCCCUAGGUUACAGGGGACAGCGCCUCCAGGGAGUGCCAGUGACUUGGCACAGACUGGCAAAACCUUUGAUAACCUUAAGACCUGCCCUUCGUGCGGAACUACCUUUGCUCCCAAAUCUGAAGCUGGUGCAGAAGGAGGUGCUGUACAAAACGGCUGCCAAGACGACCAUAAACACAACACCAAGGCUUCUGGAGGGCCUGAUUCCAAAACCCAGAAUGGACUGCUGAGCCCUCCCCCAAAGGAGAAGCUCACCAACAGUCAGACCUCGCUGUGUGAGAUCCUACAGGAAAAGGGACGGUGGGCAGGGGUGAGCUUGGACCAGUCUGCUCUCCUUCCACUGAGAUUCAAGAACAUCCGGGAGAAAACAGAUGCACACUUUGUUGAUGUCAUCAAAGAAGACAGCCUGAUGAAAGAUUACUUUUUCAAGCCACCCAUCAAUCAGUUCAGCUUGAACUUCCUGGACCAGGAGCUGGAGGGGUCAUAUAGGACCAGCUACCAAGAAGAGGUCAUCAGGAACGCUCCAGUGAAAACGUUUGCCAGUGCCACCUUCAGCUCCCUCCUAGAUGUGUUUCUGUCGGCCACCGUGUUCCUGGUCCUCUCGGUCACCUGCUUCCUAAAGUACGGGGCCACCUCCCUGCCCCCCCCACCCGCCGCCCUGGCCAUCUUCGGCACCGCCCUGCUGCUGGAGCUGCUCUCCCUCAUCGUCUCCGUCAGGAUGGUGUUCUUCCUGGAGGACGUCAUGACGUGCACCAAGCGCCUGCUGGAGUGGAUAGCUGGCUGGCUCCCUCGGCAUUUCAUUGGGGCAAUCCUGGUGUCUCUCCCCGCCCUCGCCGUCUACUCACACGUCACCUCCGAGUUUGAGACAAACAUCCAUUUCACCAUGUUUGUGUGCUCGGCUGUCCUGGUCGCUGUCGUGCAGUACUGCAACUUCUGCCAGCUCAGCUCCUGGAUGCGGUCCUCACUGGCCACCGUCGUUGGGGCCGGGCCCCUGCUCCUGCUCUACAUUUCCCUGUGUCCGGACAGUUCCAUAGUAACCUCGCACCUCGAUGCCAUCCAGAAUUACAGUUCCCAGGGGAGCUCCUGCAACGGCUCCCUCCUGCAUGACAGCCGGAAACCGGCCAGUCUGAUUGGCCAGGAGGCUCUGCUGGUCAUCUUCCUCCUGCUCCUCCUGGUGUGGUUCCUAAACCGCGAGUUUGAGGUCAGCUACCGCCUGCACUACCACGGCGAUGUCGAGGCUGACCUCCACCGUACCAAGAUCCAGAGCAUGCGGGACCAGGCCGACUGGCUGCUGAGGAACAUCAUCCCCUACCACGUGGCCGAGCAGCUCAAGGUCUCCCAGACCUACUCCAAGAACCAUGACAGCGGCGGGGUCAUCUUCGCCAGCAUCGUCAACUUCAGCGAGUUCUACGAGGAAAACUACGAGGGGGGCAAAGAGUGCUACCGCGUCCUCAACGAGCUCAUCGGGGACUUCGACGAGCUCCUGAGCAAGCCAGACUACAGCAGCAUCGAGAAGAUCAAAACCAUUGGGGCGACCUACAUGGCCGCCUCGGGCCUGAACACGGCCCAGUGCCAGGCCAGCAGCCACCCGCAGGAGCACCUGCAGACGCUGUUCGAGUUCGCCAAGGAGAUGAUGCGGGUGGUGGACGACUUCAACAACAAUAUGCUGUGGUUCAACUUCAAGCUCCGCGUCGGCUUCAACCACGGGCCCCUGACGGCGGGCGUCAUUGGCACCACCAAGCUGCUCUACGACAUCUGGGGGGACACGGUCAACAUCGCCAGCAGGAUGGACACCACGGGGGUGGAGUGCCGCAUCCAGGUGAGCGAGGAGAGCUACCGCGCCCUGAGCAAGAUGGGCUAUGACUUUGACUACCGAGGGACUGUGAACGUCAAGGGCAAAGGUCAGAUGAAGACCUACCUCUACCCCAAGUGCAUGGACAACGGGGUGGUGCCCCAGCACCAGCUGUCCAUCUCCCCGGACAUCCGGGUCCAGGUGGAUGGCAGUAUUGGGCGCUCGCCCACCGAUGAGAUCUCCAACCUGGUGCCUUCCGUACAGACCCUGGACCGGGCGUCUCUGGGUUCCGAGAUGAGCACACCACCCAAGGACGCCCACCCGUCUUCCAAGAGGCCCUGGAAGGAGUCUGCCCGGGUGGAAGAGAGGUGCCGUCUGGAUGCCGCCAUAGAGGAGAGCGACUUGGAGGAGGCUGACGAGCUGACGAAGCUCACCGUCUCGGAGGGCGUGUGACCAGCACGUGAAGGCUGCCCGCGGUGCUCUGCGCCUGGAAACACCCCCAUCUGCCCAGGCACCUGGUGCCACCCCAGAGGCAGUGUGCUGCCCACACCCCAGCCCUGAGCACCGUGUGGAUCACGGGCGUCCAGGGCUCACCCCAUCCAGUUCUCCCACGUGCACUGGCCCGGGACGUCUCCGCCUCCAUGUCACCCACUCAGCAGUGUGGAGGAUUCAAGUGCCUUCAGGGGCUGGCCUUGGCCUCCUCGGCUAGGGACAGGGGCCACGGGGGAGGAGGGGGAGGUGACACGGCUCCGGGUGUCCCUUGUCUUUGCAAACAGAAGCUGUGGUUGAGAGGUCAUUUUUAUUGCUGUUUCUCAUGAGACACUAUUUUUGUUUUUUUGGCUAAUAUAAUGUUUCCGAGAUUCCUUUUCCCCCUCUCUGUAGUACAUAAUGGUGUUAGACAUGGAUUUCCCCUCUCCAUAAACAAACCCAUGGGCUCGUGCACGUGCACGUGCACGUGCGCACACACACACAUCCCUGCAUUUACAAAACUGAUAAAAAGUGCCAGUAGUUUACUGGGAAGGGAGUAUCCAAGGGGCCCAGGAUCUGAGGGCUGCAGCCGGCAUAGAGGGUGAGCGUGCAGCCAGGGCUCUGCAGAGAGCAGCUACUGUGCCCCCUUCUUUCCAGGUGCCCACCCCCACGUCCCUGUGCCAGGUGGCUUUAGGCCCGGAUGGCAAACACGAGUGGGUCACAUCCCGUGGGGUGCAUGAGCCCAGGCCUCAGGGAUCUUCAUUGCCAUUGCUCGUCCUGUGCCUCCGCCCCCACCCUGAGGAUGCUUCCAGCUGGUGGUGGUCUUGGAGGCUGCCUCGCCAGAGAGGGAGAGAGAGACGAUAAAUGGCUGAGGGUUGCAUCUAUUUAUUUAUUUAUUUAUCUGGGAGUGUGUGUGUAUAGUGUGAGUGUGGUCGGAGCUGAGCUGGUCUUCGUAGAAGGAGGGGGGGAGCACCUUGAGGCCUUGGAAGGGCAGAGCAGGGAGACUCAGGAGGACCUGUCAGCUAGCCAUCUGGCCACCUCAAGCCGCCCCUUGCCAGAAGGGCUCUGGGUGAGGGUCCCCUCAAAGCUGAGAGGUCUCCUCAGACGUCAGGUGCAUGACAGGGCGGGAAACGUUCACCAUCACCCCCUUCUCAUUUAGAAUGGAACACUACCCCCUGGGUUCGGGAUCAGACACACACACGGACAGAUGGACAGAUAGCGUGGCUCCACUCCAUCUCCACCAGGUGCCCUGCCUUGGGUGGGGGAGGCCGGCCUUCUCCCUGUUGUGCACUUCAUGCUGUAUUUGGGGACAGAAUCAUCUGGCUGCAAAUGAGGUGUGCCCCCCACCUCUGCACUGCUCCUCACUGGCCUGUUGUCGCGUCUUGUCCCUUUGAGUCUGACAGCCACAGAGAGCUGGGCUCCGGCGACAGUGGGCCCCUCGGCCGCAGUUCCUCCCAGGCCGAUGCUGGUGCUCAGCUCCAAAGCCCCUUCUGGACGGCGGCCCUCACCGCCCACCCUCGGGCGUUUCCUUCUUCGCUGUGCAGCCCGAGUCCCCACAGCUGCAGCAGCCCCGAUGUCACCCAGAUGCUGCCAGAUCCUGCGCGGAGAGAGCGUGCACAGCGCAGCCAGGCCAAGGGACACAGGUGGCUUCCCAGAGUCUGGCGCUCGCUGUCACUGGUUGGUCACUAGUGGGGCGUUGGCAGCACCUCUCGUCUUCAGCAGCACAGUGUCAUUUUUGUCCUUAGCAAACACUACCUAGGGUGGAGGAAUUGUGGGGUCUCUUUCCAGCAGGGUUCAGGGGUGUGUCUGAGAGGUGUCAUCUCUCCCUGCCCUCCCUCCUCCUGGUUCACGGGGCUGGGCCGUUCCCAUGGAAAUGCACCAGCCUCCCUUCUUCCCAGCAUGCUCUCUGACAGCUCAUCUCCGCACUCACUUCCUCCCUAUGGAGCUGACCUCCUUCCCCGACCACAAAGGUGUUGGUGAUUCUUGAUUUCCCGGGUGACCCAGGCGCCACUUCGUUAACCUCUGGUGGCAGCUCCCUCAGAAACCACCCUGAGCCUUCAGAUGCGGCCAGUAUAUGUGUCCCCUCUGGGCCACUUGGUGACGCUAACACUCUGCCCUGCCCCUGCCCCCCAGAUCCCCACCCUAAAACAUACCUCAAAGCAGAAUAUCGCCCAUCACCAAGUGGCCGAGGGGGGUAGGGGGGGGCAGGCGGACUCAGGUGCCUGCGACAAGGAUGUGCCCUCCAGGCGGCAACACCUCUCUUAAACUUAGGGCAGGAAGCAAUACUUCGGCAUUGAAUGUGUGUACAUAGUUGCUCCAAGUGGCAAUUGCCACUUUCCUCUCGCCCUCCAGGUCUGAUCAAAUUUUAUGUCUACAUAUAUGACCGACAAGCACAUAGCAUCCUGUCCCACACCAACCAAUGUCAAGGCUGGGUUACCAAGCCCAUCAGGAGCCCAAAGAGCCCCCCGCCACAGCCCCUCACCCACCACGCAUGGACCCAGGGAUGCCGACUCCCCUUGCGGCGUGCCCCAUGCACAUCGGCACACAACACGGAAAGCCAGACGGCUGUGUGGGCCCACCCCUGGGGGGCUGUGUGGGCUCCUGAUGGCGCCCUGUUCCCAAAGAGAAACAGCUGUCAUUUGAAUUUGUAGACUUCCCAAGGAAAACAUCGAAUUUUCUUUUGCUUUCUUUUCUCUGACGCGUGGCUUCUGAAAGAAAAUAAAACAAAAACAAAAAAAGCAGUCACAUCCUGCCUGGCAUGUGAACUUCAGUGAGCACGAACAAGCCGGUUGGCCUUCUCGAAAUUUCUUUCGCUCUUGCUCUUUUUAAAAAUUGUUAAAUUCUGAGUCAUUUCAAAAUGCAUCCACUGAUGAAAUGGACAUUAAAAUACUCUUCAGCCUCAA